CCUCAGAAACUAAAAUUAACUAAGGGCUUCUCUUCGUUUUUCCUCGAUGUAUAUUUUGUGGAAAUCUCAGGUGGAAGUUAAUUUUCCGAGGCCAAUCCUCCAGAGUUUUUAUAUUUUACUUGUAUUGCUGUGAAUUUAUUGUUGGCAUGUGCACGACUGGUCUUCCCAACAGUCACAUUCUCACUUUGUGACUGAGAUGCAGAGACUAGAUUUGCCCAAAUUUAACCAGCACGAAUCUGGCAGUGGCAAGGUGAAAAUUCAGACCCAGUAGUUCCCAGAUCCAACUUUCCGUCGCCAACUUGGAGUCAGGGUUGAUGCUGUGAUCUUUGUUACCUUUUUGGCCUACUUUCUAAGAGAAAUGAGGAAACUUCACAGUCUUUGUUUUUUAAAAUUUAAUUAACCAAGCGAAUCAUUCGAUAUCCCUAAUUGUAAAAUCUACCAGUAUAUUUAAAUAGUGUAUUUAAAAUAAGUUUUGAGAGAUCUAUUUUUAAAGUCAGAAAACACCUACCUACCAAUGGCGCCUUCUGGAAGAAAGCAUACUGGAAAAUCUGUGAAGCCAGCAAUGGAGGAUCAGGUUACAGGAGCAUAUGGCUUUGACAGAGAAGAUAAAAAGGACUUAAGUGGUUCAGCGGAGGAUAUUACUGAAGGAAAGACUCCAGUAAUUGAUAAGCAUGGGAAGAAAAGGCCUUCCACAGGAAUAGUUCAGGAAGAUGUGGGGGGUGAAGUACAGAAUAUGCUGGAAAGAUUUGGAGCUGACAUUAACAAGGCUCUUCUUGCAAAGAGAAAAAGAUUAGAAAUGUAUACUAAGGCUUCUCUCAAAAGCAGUAACCAGAAAAUUGAAAGUAUUUGGAAAACACAAAAAGAGCAAAGGCAGAAGCUUAACCAAGAAUAUUCUCAGCAGUUUCUGAGUUUGUUUCAGCAGUGGGAUACAGAUGUGCAGAAAGCUGAGGAACAAGAAGAAAAACUAGCUACUAUGUUUCGACAGCAACAAAAAUUCUUUCAACAAUCUAGAAUUAUUCAGAGCCAGAGACUGAAAACAAUUAAACAGUUAUAUGAGCAGUUCAUAAAGACUAUGGAGGACCUGGAGAAGAGCCAUGAUAAUCUUUUUACUGGUACACAAAGUGAACUUAAAAAAGAAAUGGCUAUGUUGCAAAAAAGAAUUAUGAUGGACACUCAACAGCAAGAGAUGGCAAGUGUUCGAAAGUCUCUUCAGUCCAUGUUAUUCUGAUGACUCUUUGAAGAAAGAACUUGAACCUAAGUAAUAUGACACAAUUAUAACAUUAGCUGAGGGCACAUCUUUAGUUUAAAAAUUCCAGUUUAGAUUAUUAUAUCCUGUUAUUCAUUAGCUUGUUUGUUAAGCACAAGACCCCUUUUCUGUUAACCUUAAAUAAAAUCUGAACAGUUAACGUGGGUAGCAGCAAUUCUAAAGUUAUAGUAUGAAGCUUUCAGCUCUUUGGUAGUCAUAGUGCAUUUUUAUCCCUAACAAUGUCAAUUAACUUUAGCAAUAAAGAUUAUUUUAGGUUUUGGCUUCAGUAGAUUUAUAUCAGUACCAAACGGUAGAAAGCACAGUAUGGAAGAUUACAUUGUUGUUCUUUAAGAAAAAAAAAAUACAAAAUAUUUUCUAUGUACAUCUCUUUGUAUACACUCAUUAAGUUACAAAGCUAAUGAAAUGUAAGAGUUCAGAAGAAAAUCUACACUAUUGACUUAAAAAAUUUAUUAAGAGCAACUUAAGUUUGUAUUCUGGAAUAAAUUAAACUGCUAAAAAUCGUUAACAAGAUAAAUAAAUACCAGUUUUAAGACACAGAUUUGUGAAUAUGUCAUUUCUAAAAAUAUCAAAAUACCAUUUAAUUGGGUUUAGUCCACAAUUAAAUGACACACUGCCCUUAGCAAUGAUUACGAGCAUUCAUUAACAUACUUAAUUACUUAUGGUUUAAAUAUUUCACAUCUGUCUUUGAAUUACCCAGAAGGUUCUCUUCAGUCUUAGUAUUCAGUGACUAUAUGGAAAUUUGAUUUUACAUUCUUCAUUUCCAAACUUGGACAAUUCUUACGCCUUGUCUUUUAAAAUGCGUAUGUUUUAAAACAUAGAAUAACAUGGAAUCUUCAGUUGGAAACAUUUGAUCUAAUAAAUAUUAAAUUGUUACAGCAUUUGAAAUAAGUUAAACUUAUUUUUUACUGAAAUUGAUUUCAGUGGCUCAUUCAAAACAAAAAAUAUGCCCAUUAGGAGGAGAGGAGUGACUUUCUCCUGUUUUUCCACAAGUUUUAAAUUCUAAUUCUUGUGUCUACAAUUCACCCUUCUCUUAGUUUUAAGGUUUUCUGUUAUUUUUAAAAGUCCAUACAGAUUCUCUUUUUAUAACUGUGAUGACUUAAUACUGGAAAGAAAUUAGUCCUUCACCAUUAAUACUUGACAAAAAGGGGACAGAUUACUUCCUAAAUUUUUGCAUUUAGUGUAUGUUGGUAUAUAGAUAAAUUUUAAGUACUAUUCAAGCAUCUAAGAAGGUCCUUAUUUGAGUUUUGCCAGCAGUUACAGAAGCAAAAUAACUACUUUA